UGACGAUGUAAACAAGAAAAGACAGUCGAGGGCAACAGGGAUCAAAUAGGCCGGUGUCACCGCAAACGAUCGCCGUUAUAUGCUCAUAAACGGCUGACAUGGGGCUGCCUGUUACGAUUAAAGUGAAUUUCCGGGGUAAUGUGAAGAGAUUUCUGGCUCAGGAUUUGGACAAACUGGAGUGGGAGUCCGUGGAAGCCUGGAUCAAAGCGUCUUUCGGGAUCAACCACUUUCAAGUGAAAUACUUCGAUGAGGAUAACGACGAGAUUUGUAUAAACUGUCAAGAUGAAUAUGAAGAAGCCAUCAAGAGCGCAGAGAAGCAGGGGAACCAGUUGCACAUGAAUGUGUACAAGAUGAAAGGUCAGGCCUGUGGAGGCCCACUGAAGACGGAGGUGAAGGAGCUGAAGGGAGACCUGCGGCCUGCUCCUCCUUAUCCAUCGAGGGUCAAAACGGUGGACAAAGGAACACAGGUCACCCCAGAGAGAGAAGCUGUCACAGUAAAGGACAACAAGGGGAACAAGCCAGAAGAUGAGCCACCACCCAUGUGGUUUAGAUCAUACAUGGAGAAGUUUAAAGAUGAGGUGGUGAAGGAGGUGGUGGAGAGGAUGUGCAGCGACUUCUCUGGCCAGUGUUGCACCCACAAGUCAUCCGACGGGCCCCUGGAGGCCAGUGGGGCGAGUGGCGGUCCUAUAGGGCCCAGACCGGGCCCCUCCACCUCGUCUGGGUCCCUCGGCUACACCCCGAACUGCAGCAGCUGCCACAAACUCACCUCUGAAGGGGCGUACAAGUGCAGUGUGUGCCCGUCCUGCAUCCUGUGUGAGAUGUGCAGACACAGCCAUGACCCCAGCCACAACCUCGUGAGAACCAAGACACCUCUCUCCAUCCCUGAGCAUGGAAUGUCGGGAGAGUUGAGGUUCCCAAGGCGAGGAGACAGGACAGUGCGCAAGGCCGAGCGACAGCGCCUCAAAGCUGAAAGGAGGCAGCUCAGAGCUGAAGUGAAGGAAAUCAAGAAGAAACUGAGAGUGGAGAAGAGGGGGCCGCAGUGGAGCGGGCCUUCUACCUCAGGCAGAGCCAACCUGACACACACGGCCUCCGCGUCCACGCAGGUCCCGGCCCUGCCCCCCCCUGCCGCCUCAGAAACAGCCUCAGGUCCAGCCUCAGGUCCAGCCCCGGUCCCCGAUCCCCAGGCCUCCAGUCCAGAGGGUCCCGGGGUCUCGCACACGUCCUUGGUUCCCACAAUGGCCGCCUUGUUUCUGGAUGAAAAUCUGCCGGACGGCACCCGUCUGGAGCCUGGAACCAAGUUCAUCAAAUACUGGAAGAUGAGGAACUCGGGCACUAUCAGCUGGACGUCAGAGACCAAGCUAGUGUUCAUGUGGGGGAACCUCGGCCUGGCGUCAGAGGAGAGGAGGGAGGUGCCCGUCCCGUUGCUGCUGCCGGGACAUGUGGGAGUGGUCAGUGUGGCCUUUGUCGCUCCCGUGACGGAGGGGACGUACACCUCCCACUGGCGGCUGGCGCACUGCGGCUGUCAGUUUGGCCCGCGCGUCUGGUGCAGCAUCGUGGUCGACGCCGGUGACUGCCGCAACGCAGCCGGGCACCAGAGCAAAGGACCGAAGGAGGAGGUGAAGGAGCAGGAGGUAAGGUCCCAGGACAGCGGCUCUGGUUUCCCUGUAGACCUGAACCACGAGGACUACUACUUCCCCUCGGUCGACCUGCUGACUGCACAGGAUCUGCUGUCGUUUGAGUUGCUGGAUAUAAAUAUUGUGCAAGAGCUGGAGAAGGUUCCUAACAACACACCUGAGGAUUUGACUCCCUGCAUAUCUCCUCUGUCCCAUGAUGCACCGGUGUUGGAGAAGGCCAUCAUUGCACGGAUUAAAGAAGAAGCCGAGGUCACGGGGGUCCGAAAGCUCUUUGGAGUCAAACUGAGGCAGCAGAGGGAGCUGCUGGAGCCUGUGACCCAGGAGGAGGACCGGGAGGAGGAGAUCAGUGGAGCCCAGUUCCUCUGCGAGACGGUGAUCCGCUCCCUCACCUUGGAGGAGGCCCCCGAUCACAGACCCCCUCGCAGAGCCCAGCACAGCAUCCACAAACCACAGGUUGUUUCCCGCGGCACCAGCUUCUGCUUCGAGAGAGUCGUCGAGGUCGAGAAGACGGAGACGGUGCAAGAAGGAAGUGAGGAGAUCUGCGCCAUUAGACUGGAAAGUUCAGCUCUGCCUCUCCACCAGCUGAUCCAGGAAGAUGAGAUAAAGCCAGAUGCUUAUUUUUUUCCUUCAGUUCUUCUGCCAGAACCAGCAAAUGAAAACCUGCAUAUCAGUUCACAUGAUGUCGAGGAGGAAGAGGUUCUGGUCCUGGAGGACAUGCAGAACAUGAGGGAUGUUCACGAGGAGAAAGAGGAGGGUGGAACCAAAGGAGAAGACUGGGAGGAGGUCAGCAGCCAGACCUCCUCGGUCUCCUCCUGCGACGAUUACAUCAUCGUCCUCCCAGACUGCUUCGACACCAGCCGGCCUCUGGGCGAGUCCAUGUACAGCUCCGCCAUGUCGCAGCCUGACGCCGCCGCUGAGACCGACUCAGCCGACCCUGAGGCCGACUCAGCCGACCCGGACGUAGAGCAGCAGCUGCAGGAGGAGGAAGAGGUGGAGGAAGAGGUGGAGGAAGAGGUGGAGGAAGAGGAGGAGGAGGAAGAGGAGGAGGAGGAGGAGGAGGAGGAGGAGUCCGACUCCGAGGUGGCACCUCUGAGAGAGAGGCAGAAGGAGGCGGUCGACGCUGAGGAUUCGCCCGUGAACACGUGGCCUCCGGCUGUCCCGCCGAGACACAGCAGCGUGAACCAGAUGCUGUGCGCCUCCCAAACGCUGGACGCCGUGACGCUCACACCUGAGGUGGUUCCACCGCCGCCGGUGCUGCCGGAAGUCCUGGUGCCCCCACCGGCCCUCUACUCACCCAGGUCUGAGGCACUGUACCUGGCUGAGGACCCCAGUCCUCCAGCCUGUGAUCCAUAUGAGCCACACCAACCCAGGGUCCACCUAAAUGUAUCAUCUGGUCUGUCAAGAUCAGCCGGCUCAGCAUCCAGUGCCUUUGAGACGUAUAACCCCAGACCCAGCAACGCUUUGCAGCCAAGGGGCCAAGGAGGCAUCACAGAGGGACUCGUCAAGGGGGCCCUCUCUGUGGCAGCGUCCGCUUAUAAAGCGCUCUUCACUGGACCAAACUGCUCGAUACAGCGAGGCAUCGACCCGGCCACCAGGCAGGACCCUUCCCUGAUGGCGAUGCUGCUGGAGAUGGGCUUCAGAGACCAGCGGCUCAACCAGCAGCUGCUGAGGAAGCACGGCUACAGCCUGCUGCACACCGUCAACGAGCUGGUGCAGAUGGCCGAGGACAGCCAGAACAGAGCGGUCAACACUCACCACUGAGGGAGGGGGGGGGGGGGAGACAGGCUACUGAGAGGCUGUGGAAGCAUUUGAACAUAAUGUAAAGAGAAUAUUUAGAUUAUAACCUGCAUAUCUCUCACCCUUUUACAGUAUUUAGCUUUAUUUUGAAAAGAGGAGACAAAGAAUUCACAAUGGGUGCAAUUGAUUGAUUUACCAAAGGGUGGCUACUUUAUUUGGACCAAGAGUAACGAUAACGAGACAAACGCUGUUGAUUAACUAGAAAACCAAUGGAUGAAUGGCUUCUCCUGCCUUUUGCCUUUUUUAAUUUAGCUUCAACAGUAACCGUAUACACACAUGUAAAUUAUGAGUAGUGGUCCACCUUUGCCACGACGUGUUUACCGGGGGCCACGGGGCCCUCUUGUGUUGGUGAAAGGGAGCAGGAGCUGUAGUUUUAAAAGUGUCUUUCAGCUCUUCAUCUUAGUGUUCGUAUGGCUGUCGUAGCUGCUUCCCCCUCGGCGCUGAAAACAUAAUUCUUUGGACAGGGCUUGGCUAGAUUCUUCUCACAAAUAGAGCAAUGAAAUAUUAAUAUUAUUGAAUGUCAUUAAAAAAAACGAAAAACAAUAGAACUGUUCUGAAGAGCCGGCUCUCAUCUGGAGACGAUCGCUGCUGAAGCUCCGUGGGUGUGAAGGGGUCAGGGGUGCAGCAGCGGGAACAACAAAUAUUUAAAGACUUUUCUUCGAUUACCGUAGUGAAAUCUGCCUAAACAAUGCAAUCUUUUUUCUGUAUCAGAGUACUGUUAUUUUAGACGUUGACAUGUGGAAUGUAUACAAAAAAAAAAAAAACCGGUCCGAGCGGAUCACCGCUUCGGACUCGGGAUGUUUUCUACCGCUUUUUAGGAGACGCCUGCAUGACAGGUAGAGGCUUUAGAGAUGAGUCGUGUUCUCGUGGUCUUAGCACAGUCACGGUAGAAAAUGUCCGCUUGGCGUCAUCGUUCAACAACCCACUUUCCCCCCCCGCCCUCUCUCACUUUGCCUUCAUCUUCAUUCAACACUAAUCCAAGCCGAGAUGUCACUAACUACACAUUCCUCACUCUCACAGUGAAACCAAGUGUUUUAUUUCAAUGCAUUGCCUUCAUGAUCAUUAGUUUACUGAAAUCUACAUGUGGUGGUUUGACGUUUGUGGUGUGAGUGUGCAGAGUUAAUGUCUAGUUAUUUUUUUAAUUAUUUCUCCUGUGUGUCCGUGUGUGGUUGAGGAUUAUCUGUAACCAUCUCUUCUUCUGUUGAUCGUUCAUCCUUUAAAGAAUCCUGCUCUAGAGAAUAAUUCUGAAUAUAUCUUACUAUGCUUGUCAAAUUAUUCCUCUGUCACAGAGUGUACACAUUAAAGUCCCUUCUACUGUCAAUCCGCCAAUAAACUAUUUGCACAUCU